GGACAAGCGGUGACUGUGUCUGAGUCUUUUCAGAGAGUGUGAAGGAGUGAAUCAAAGGAAGCAAAUACCAUUUCCCCUUUCUUCUUUUCUUCAAGCAAUUCAUCAACCCUAAUUAUUAUUCUCUUUUUCAAUUUUCAAUUUUCAAUUUCUAAUUCUAAUUGUAAUUUCAAUACUAUCAUGACUACAAUAUUUAGACUCGCUUCCUCAUCCUCUCCCUCUCUCCGCCACGACGCAACACCGCAUAACUUCCAUAUUCGGAAAACCUCCAUUUCCAACACCUUCUCUUUCUCUUCAAAGAAUUCUUUGUCGUUCAAGAGAAUUCUUACUUCCGGUGGUAGUCGUAGAUUCAUCGUUGCUGCUAGUCCUCCAACUGAAGAUGCUGUUGUUGCUACUGAACCUCUUACAAAACAGGAUCUCAUUGAUUAUCUCGCUUCUGGCUGCAAAACCAAGGAUAAAUGGAGAAUAGGUACUGAACAUGAAAAGUUUGGUUUUGAGCUUGGAAGCUUGCGUCCUAUGAAGUAUGAGCAAAUAUCAGAAUUGCUGAAUGGCAUUGCUGAAAGAUUUGACUGGGAUAAAGUAAUGGAAGGUGAUAACAUUAUUGGACUCAAACAGGGGAAGCAGAGCAUAUCAUUAGAGCCAGGUGGUCAGUUUGAACUUAGUGGAGCCCCUCUGGAAACUCUGCAUCAGACUUGUGCUGAAGUUAAUUCGCACCUCUAUCAAGUUAAAGCUGUUGCUGAGGAGAUGGGAAUUGGAUUUUUGGGGAUUGGUUUCCAGCCAAAGUGGGAACGCAAAGACAUACCUAUGAUGCCAAAGGGAAGAUAUGAGAUUAUGAAAAAAUACAUGCCUAAAGUUGGUUCUCUUGGGCUUGACAUGAUGUUCAGGACAUGCACUGUACAGGUAAAUCUGGACUUUAGUUCUGAAGCUGACAUGAUCAGGAAAUUUCGUGCUGGCCUAGCUUUGCAGCCAAUAGCAACAGCUCUUUUUGCAAAUUCACCCUUCACAGAUGGAAAGCCCAAUGGGUUUGUUAGUAUGAGAAGCCAUAUUUGGACUGAUACCGAUAAGGACCGCACAGGCAUGCUGCCUUUUGUUUUUGAUGACUCUUUCGGGUUUGAGCAGUACGUUGAUUUUGCUCUUGAUGUUCCAAUGUAUUUUGUCUAUCGGAAAAAGAAAUAUAUCGACUGUACUGGAAUGACCUUCAGGGACUUCUUGGCAGGAAAGCUUCCUUGUAUUCCUGGUGAAUUACCGACCCUUAAUGAUUGGGAGAAUCAUUUGACCACUAUAUUUCCCGAGGUUAGGCUAAAGAGGUAUUUGGAGAUGAGAGGUGCUGAUGGAGGGCCUUGGAGAAGGUUAUGUGCUUUACCAGCAUUUUGGGUAGGGAUAUUGUAUGAUGAGGUUUCUUUGCAACGUGUUUUGGAUAUGACAGCAGAUUGGACUCUAGAAGAAAGAGAAAUGCUAAGGAAUAAGGUCACCGUAACUGGUCUAAAGACACCAUUUCGAGAUGGUUUGCUGAAGCAUGUUGCUGAAGAGGUUCUAGAGCUGGCAAAGGAUGGCUUGGAAAGAAGAGGCUUUAAGGAAUCAGGAUUUUUAAAUGCGGUAGCUGAGGUGGUUAGAACAGGUGUCACUCCAGCUGAGAGGCUUUUGGAAUUGUAUCAUGGAAAGUGGGAGCAAUCUGUAGAUCAUGUAUUUGACGAAUUACUAUACUAAGGUGUAUUCGGCGUCUUGCUUUUCUUUCACAUUUCUGUGGGAGGUUAAUUGUAUAAGCCACCUUUUUUGGGUAGAAUCGUGUGUAAAACUCUGGCUAUAUAGUCCUGGUUAUCUCUCUUGUGAGCUGCUUUUAGAUAUAGAAAAUAAUAUCUGAUGUAUUUUUUCGCUUGGAAACAUUAUCAGAUCAAGCUAGUAUUUAAUUCAUGUCGUAAGUUUGAUAAUAACAUCAGCUUAAUCAGCUUGUCAAAAAAAAAUAAACAUCAGCUUAAUCAUCUUCACCAAAGUUGUUUGAA